UCCUGCUUGUCGCUAAUCCCACAAUUCCACAGCGCUGUCAAGAUGGCUGCCUCCUUGAGUCGGGUGCUGUUGUCUCUUCGGCGCCCGUUGGGUGGGAAUGUGCAAUGUGCGGAGGCACUGUUGGACCCAGUCAAGCACUGUCACCUUCCGACUCUGAUCACAGUGCGCAACAAGAAGCGCUACUUCAUCCCUCCUGCCGUGGGAGUCAAGAAGAGGACGCAGGAGGAGCAGGCCCGAGCAGCAGGGCUGGUGGUCAGACAGGAGUACAUAGAGAGGUCCAUCAACAUCGCCUGCACAGCGGGGAUAUUUGACCCUUACAUCCCUCCUGAGGGAGACGCUCGGCUGUCCUCUCUGUCCAGAGAGGGUUUGAAGCAGAGGACAGAACAGAUCAAGCAGACCGCUGCCUCCCAGCUGGCGAUCCGUAAAGUCAAGGAACAUGAUCCCGAUUUCAAGACAAAGGAUUUCCCAGCUAGAGCCCAAGAGAUAUUUAUUGAAGCUCAUGCCAGUCUUGUGAAUUUCAACAAGGAGAAGCUUCACAGCUUGGUCACAGAACGCUGCUACCCUGAGAUGGUUCGAGGCAAUCGCUACAAAACGCUGCGGUGGAGUUUUGUAGAGUCCUUGGAGCCACCCAGAGUGGUGCAUGUGCGCUGUCCACAUAUGGUCAGUAAGGGCAACCUGUACGGCCAGGUGACGCUACGGAUGCACUCCAGGCAGACGCUGGCUAUCUAUGACCGUUUUGGGCGCUUGAUGCUGGGCAGCGAGACAGAUCCGCGUGAUGUGCUCGAGUACCUGGUUUUUGAGCGCCACCUGGUUAAUCCUUACAGCCGCUGGCGGAUGCACGGCAAGAUUGUCCCCGCCUGGGCGCCACCUAAAGAGCCCAUUGUGAAGACCGUUAUAAUUCCAGGCCCUGAGCUGAAGCCUUGGCAGGAGUUUGAAGAGAUGCAUUAUGAAGUCCCCAAGCCCAAACAAGUCCAGUGGCACAAAUAGCUCUCACACACAACUCUGUUUAAACAAUGCACACCCUCAAAAGGGGUACGUAAGUCUCAGGACCUUACAUCAAGUAAGUGUUCUGGAUACAGAGACUGGAUUAAAAGAGGCAUCACAAAUACUGUCUGUUUCUUUACAUGCCUGUGUGGUCUUCAUGCCUCGUGACUUGAAGCUCCCUCUAGUAAACAAUGUACAGGACAAACCAUGUUUUUGUUAUGAUUGUGUGUCCAUUGGUAAAAUAAAUACUCUUAUUGCCUAGAAA